AUGACGGGACACGGGCUCGGGAAAUGCAUCGUCCUUUGCCUGCUGCCCUGGAGCUGCCUGAGCUUUGCCUGGAGCGAUGCUGCUGGGCCCGGGACCGCCUCGCUCGGCGCAGGACACGUCAGAAAGGGGCUGCCCGGAGCCGCUGCCAACGGGACGGAGGCGCAGAGCAACAUCUCAGUGCCAUGCCCAGCUCUCCCCCCGCCACGCCAUGGAUACUACUACGUGGACAGAGGCUCCGGCGUGUCCCCGGGCUCGGUGCUGGUGUACUGGUGCCAGGAGGGAUACCAGCUGGUGGGCAGCCAGAGGCUCGCCUGCCUCCGCCAGGACAGCACCUCAUCCUGGAGCCACGCCCCGCCCCAGUGCCAGGCCGCCGCGCAGCCCUCGGGCACCGGGUCCCGCAUGGCGGUGGCCGCGUCGCUGCUGAGCGGAGCCGUCAUCCUGGCGCUGUCCGUCUCCUUCGCCGUGUGCUGCUGGCGGGACAGGGCGAGGAAGAGCCGCGGCGGGCAGCAGCAAAGGAAAGCCAGAGGACGGAAGCGUGGCCCCUCCACGGCCGAGAGGGGCAGGAAGGCUUUUGGAAGACUCAAGCACUACCACCGGCGCGAUUACCACCUGUCGGCCGUCUCCAGCUCCGUGUUCCCAGGGGCAUUCGCAGGCUGCGAUAACCUGGCUUUCCACAGCAGCGCAGCCCAGCAGCCGGAGGUGCCCGCGGGAAGAUGGCGCUGUGAGGCCCCGGCGCCGCUGCGGCCCGGCCCCGCCCCGGGCAGCGGC